AUGGCCUCGCUGUCCCAGUUGAUCGCUAAGCCUGUCACCUUCUCUCCACGCUCUCCGAGAACGAGCUCCGGCCUUCGGCCUCGCCGCGCCACCGUCCAGCGCGUCUGGUGUGCAUCGUCGAGACGCGAACGCUCGGAACCAGACGCCCCAAAGCACGACCGCCGCGAUGUCCUCCUCGGCCUCGGCGCGCUCGGCGCCAGCGCCAGCGCCACCCUGAUGUCCGCGCGCCGUGCCGGCGCCGACCCUGUCGCGACGCCGGACAUCUCCACCUGCGGCCCGGCGGACCUCCCGCCGGGCGCCAACGUGCUGACGUGCUGCCAGCCGCCGUCCAACGCUCUGCCGGUGGACUUCGCCCUGCCCGGCGCCGCCGCGUCCUCGCCGCUCCACGCGCACUCGGUCACCGCGGACUACGUCGCCAAGUUCAGCGCCGGGAUCGCGGCCAUGAAGGCGCUCCCCGCCGACGACCCGCGCAGCUUCGCGGCGCAGGCGAGCGUGCACUGCGCCUACUGCGACGGGUCGUACAGCCCCGAGGGUUUCCCCGGGGCGGAGCUCCAGGUGCACAACUCGUGGCUCUUCUUCCCCUUCCACAGGUGCUACCUCUACUUCUUCGAGCGCAUCCUGGGCAGCCUCAUCGGCGACCCCAGCUUCGCCAUUCCGUUCUGGAACUGGGACGCGCCGGACGGGAUGCGCAUGCCGGCCAUGUACGCCGACCCGUCCUCGCAGCUGUUCGAUCCGCGGCGUGACGGCCGGCACGCGCCGCCGAAGCUGAUCGAUCUCGACUACAACGGGAGGGAGCCGCGGCUCACUGACAACCAGCAGAUCGAUCACAACCUUCGGGUCAUGUACCGUCAGAUGGUAUCGCUGAGCCCGACGCCGUCGCUCUUCUUCGGCAGCGCGUACCGCGCCGGCGACGAGCCGAACCAGGGGCCGGGGCCGGUGGAGAACAUCCCGCACGGCCCGGUGCACAUCUGGUGCGGCGACCCGAGCCAGCCGGGGCGCGAGGACAUGGGUAACUUCUACUCGGCCGGGAACGACCCGCUCUUCUACGCGCACCACGCCAACAUCGACCGCAUGUGGUCCGUCUCGAAGGGCCUCGACGCGCGGCGCCACACCGACCUCGACGACCCGGACUGGCUCGACGCCUCCUUCCUCUUCUACGACGAAGACCCCAAGCUCGUGCGCAUCCGCGUGCGCGACGUGCUCGACACCGGCGCGCUGCGGUACCGGUACCAGGACGUGCCGCUGCCGUGGACGGCGGCCAGGCCGACCGUGACGGCGGCGGCGGCGACGCGGAGGGCGGACUCGCUCCUGACGCCCGCGGCGCAGGCCGCCGCCGGCGCCAAGAAGGCGGGCAAGUUCCCGAUCACGCUGGACGAGGCGGCGAGCGUGGCGGUGAGGAGGCCCGUCGCGCCAAGGAGGAGCGAGGCGGAGAAGGCGUCAAGGGAGGAGGUGCUCGUCAUCGACGGCAUCGAGGUGGGCAGGGACGUGGCCGCCAAGUUCGACGUGUUCGUUAACGCCGAGGACCACGCCGCGGUGGGCUCCGGCGGGCGGGAGCUGGCGGGGAGCUUCGUGAACGUGCCGCACCGACACGGGCACGGUAAGAAGGGGGGAGGGAUCAAGACCACGCUGCGGCUCGCGCUGAACGAGCAGCUCGAGGACCUCAAGGCCGAGGACGACGAGAGCGUGGAGGUGACCCUCGUGCCGCGGCAAGGCAAGGGCAAGGUGAAGGUGGGAGGCGUCAGGAUUGAGCUCAUGCAUUGA